UGUGAGUCUCGUCACUUUUCUCACACUCGCUGUAAUGGAGUUGCUCAUCUUCAUAGUUUUUCAGCUCCUGAUGGAGGUUCAGUCUUACAAUUCACUUCAGAAACCCAUCAUCAGUUUUAAUGGCGAUGAUGUCCAGUCCAUCAUAUCAUGUGAAAUACCACUUUCAGUCAGAGCUGAUUUCAUCUGUAGUCUCUACACUGAGGAUGAUGAUCUUCUGUAUCAACGUGACUCUCAGUGGAGUCAGACUGGAAAGAAUCUUUGUAUGUUUUAUUUAAAUCAUAGUGAACUCUUCACACGAUCAGUGAACAGCAGACAGCUGUCCUGUGUUUAUUCACUCAAGACUCAACCUGAGAUCAGAUCACCAUACAGUGACACAUACACCAUCAACGCGACCUCUACUGGUAAAACCUUGCCAACAACCACAAAAACAAUUUCAACAUCAACCACCACUAAACAUACGACUACAACAACCAUGAAAACCUCAUCGACUGUAAUGUCCAUUUCUGAAAGUACAACAUACAGUAAAACUGUAGACCACCAGUCCAAGACAAACCUGCCAACCAGCAUGACAAAGGAAACCACACCAGCAUUAACUGUAAAGUCCACUUCUGGAACAACAACACACAGUAAAACUGCAUCGACUGUAAUGUCCAUUUCUGAAAGUACAACAUACUGUAAAACUGUAGACCACCAGUCCAAGACAAACCUGCCAACCAGCAUGACAAAGGAAACCACACCAGCGUUAACUGUAAAGUCCACUUCUGGAACAACAACACACAGUAAAACUGCAUCGACUGUAAUGUCCACUUUUGAAAGUACAUCAUACAGUAAAACUGGCCACCAGUCCAAGACAAACCUGUCAACCAGUAUGACAAAGGAAACCACGUUGCUGGUUUUCACUGGUGUUGCUGUGAUUGUGACUGGACUCAUCUGUCUGUGCUGGUUUGCAAGUAAAAAAAGAAGAAAACAAAAUAAAACUAGAUCAAAAAAACCUGAUGUGAACAGUCAAGGAAUUGGUAUGAGUUGUUCUGAACCUGCACAGAUAUAUUCUCUGAUCACUUCUGUACCAGCCACAUCUCAGCCCAUAUCUGCAGGAUUUGAACACCCAAAAUCACAACAGGACAGCACAGCAGAUCCCACAGACACUCGCUCUGCCAUUACAUCUAUAAAUCCAAUUUACCAGCCCUCAGAUGUUUUGGUCGAUAAACAGCAGAAACAAGAAAAUGAGAAGGAAAAUGAGAAUGUUUAUCAUCUGUACUCCACAAUCCCUGACAAACCAGUUCACUCAAACGCAGAUCAAGUCUACAGUUUGCUGCAGAUGAACUGAUGUGUCUGAAGUCUGGUUUUAUUAUGUAGAGCCACUAUAAGUAAAGCAUCUUUAUUUGCAGACAAAUAGGUGUUUACUUUCAUUAAUCAGUGCUUGGUGUGGAACAUACUGUGACCUAUUGAAUAUCCAGAGCAUCUACUCUGUCAAGCCCCACUGGUGCAAUACCACAUUGUAAAAAUAGCCUGUGCAUUCAGUAAGAACUAAAACGCAAUGAUGAAUUAAAAAGUUUUUCUUCUUUUUCUUUGUAGUAUUCUGUAAAAAAAAAAAAAAAAAAAAAAAAAAUGUUAAGAUCAGUUUUUCAAGGUCCAUUAUGUGUCGUUAGCUUACAUCAGAGAUGACUAACAUCCUGUAUUUAGCUUUAGAAAAUGCCUUUCCUAUGAUGUGAUUGUUUCCAAUAAGUGAGAUGUUCAGAAUCAUGUUCUGCAAUGUUUUUCAUGAGUGGUUUAGUUUGUACACUAGUCCUAAAUUAUAUGGACUCCUUAUAGAUAGCAGGUGUCAUUUUGGAGUCUCCAAGUGACCUUUUUGAAAAGACUGCUACAUUUUCUUACAUUUAAUAUAGAUUUUUGUACAGUUUAAUCAUUCUCAAACUUGUAACAGAAUUUAAAAAUGUAUCUUCAAACAUAUCUUUACAUAUGCUUUAGGCCUUUAAAAGUACUGUAGCUAUUAUUCUUGUUCUAGCUCUGAUCUGUUACAUGUAAACGCUACAUUUGCACAUGUCUGUGAGUGUGAUCUAAUGAU